CGUUUUCAGCGCAAGCAUGACAAGUUUUGAGGGCAAUGAUAUAAAAUGCUGCUUUCAGAUGGAAAAGUCAAGCUCUCGAUAUGUGGCAGUUUAAUUCCCCCAUAGUUUUGGCGGGAUCCAGUUGUGUGUGAAACAGGGAGGAGACCAGCUGGAGAAUGGCUCCUCUGUAGACGCCCCUCACACCCUGCUCAUGUGAAUCACAUUUUCCACCUUCAGUUACUUGAGACGGGGCCUGUCCGACAGCACACACGAACCGAACCCUUUCUUCCUCUGUCUGACCACAACCGAACCGAGUGGACGCCUGUCGGGACUACAACGCUGUUGAUCAAUAAGCAGGAAAGUUCUGUAAAGUUUGAGACAACGUUUUCUGGUGAAACCAUGAGGAAAAGUAGCGCGCUGUCACGUUUAACCAGCCCGACUCCUAACUAGAGUCUACCAGAGAAACCCGUUUAUCGAGCGGAUCAUGGAUCUCCAGGUGAUCAUCUGGCUGGCCUACGGUUGUCUUCUCCCCUCCGUCCUGCUAACAGCUUGUCUUUUUCGAUUGAACCUGCUGUCACUGGUUUAUUUUCUCUAUCUGCUGUUGCUACCGUGGUUCCUGUGUCCCAACAAAUACACCAUUAAAGGUCACACAGGUCGUUUUAUCAAAGCGGUGGUCUGCACCAGUCUCCUGUUCCUACUUGCACAUAUUUGUUUCCAGAUUGUACUGUACACCUAUCCACCCCUCAACCUUGCUAUAGGUGAUAACUGUUCACAAUGGGACACCAUAACCAGGCAUAUAGGACUGUCCAGGCUUCCUCUGGAUGAUCCUUGGAACGUUCUUCGUCUUCUAUGUCCGGAUGUAGGUGUGUUUCUGGUAUCCCUGGUAACAACUAUCCUAUGCAGCAAAUUGGUCAGAAGCAGGGAAAUGAUUGCUGCUGCCAAUAUCACAUCACUAGAAGAUAAUGACUCAAGUCAAACAGCAGAAGAUCGGGAGGAUGAAGCGACAUCAGGUGAUGAAGAGGAGGAGCAGGGUGUAUCACAUGAUGACCCUGAUGAGGUUUCCCCAGCAACCAGAGCCAAGCAGCUAGCCGAACACCUGAAAGCCACUGCACGGAAAGUUCUGUGCGACUUGGGGAGGAUCCUGACUGUGGUCCUCUUGGGAUUAGCUGGCAUCACCCUGCCCUCAGCCUUCUCAGCCGUUUACUUCCUCCUUUUUAUUGGUGUGUGCACAUGGUGGGCGUGCCAUCUACCCAUCAGCCACCUGGGUUUCAAUGCACUCUGCGUUAUGGUGGGAUUUUUUACCGCUGGUCACAUGAUGUGUCUGUACUUAUACCAGAGCUUAUUCGCCCAGGACCUCUUCCCUCCCCAUCAUCUCUGGGCUAGACUUUUUGGUCUGAAGGAUAUUAUCGUACCAGGGAACUGCUCCAUUUCUGAUGACCUCAUCCUUAAUCCCAACCACACCUGGCCUGUUUAUGUCCACCCUGGAAUCCUUCUUUUCCUGUACUUGACUGUAACAGCUGUUCUCAAGUCAGGAUAUCAUGUAACACCUGUUCUGGCUGAGCGACGUUGGGGGAAAGCAGAGUUAAUGGAAGAGUUAGUAGAGUUGAGAACCUGGAAUGAAGAAAGAGAUGACACACAGAACACUAUUGUCUCUGUGGACACAGACAGCCCAGCUGAACCUGUGGCUGAAGACAGCCCACCUGACAAGGGGAUUGAGGAGGCCCAUUCUGGACAGCUGAAUGAGACCCCAUUGUUUCUGCUGAGUAGGGUGGUCAUGCAGCAGAGCUAUGUCUGUGCUCUCAUAGCCAUGAUGGUUUGGAGCAUCACCUACCACAGCUGGCUCACCUUUGUCCUGCUGCUGUGGGCGUGUCUCAUCUGGAUUCUGCGCUCAAGACGGCAUGCAGCCACGCUGAGCUCUCCCUUCAUCCUGCUGUAUGGCCUGGCACUGUGCUGUCUUCAGUACAUCUGGGCCAUGGAGCUCCAACCCGAGCUGCCCACCACUGUGGGGACCAUGAGUCUUAGACAGCUGGGACUGGACAAAACCCAGUACCCUUGUCUAAGACUGGGAGCUAUGAUGUUGUUCAUGUUAACCUUCUGGCUUUUGGUUCGUCAGUCAGUGAAGGAAAACUUCAGGAGGAAGAGCAAAAUGACCUCCGCCUUACAGGAAGUCUCCACUAGAGAAGAAGAAGAAGCUGGAAGUGAAUCCAUGCUGAAGGUUCUUGGAGGCACUGUGAUGAGCUGUUACGCCAAAUAUUGGAUCUAUGUUUGUGGAGGAAUGUUUAUCAUGGUGUCCUUUGCUGGAAAACUUGUUGCAUAUAAGAUCGUCUACAUGUUGCUCUUCCUGCUCUGCCUGUGCUUGUAUCAGGUAUACUACUCUCUUUGGAGGCAUCUGUUGAAGCUCUUCUGGUGGCUGGUUGUGGCCUACACCAUGCUGGUUCUGAUCACCAUUUACACAUACCAGUUUGAAGAUUUUCCUGGAUACUGGAAGAACUUGACGGGUUUCACGGAUGAGCAGCUCGGCGCUGUUGGUCUGGAGACGUUCGCUCUGUCUGAACUCUUUACCAGCAUAGUGAUCCCAGGGUUCUUCCUGCUGGCCUGUAUUCUGCAGCUGCACUACUUCCACAAGCCCUUCAUGAGAAUCACAGACCUGGACCGAGUGACCCCAAAGCACAGGAAGACAACCAAAGAAAGAAGUGACCAAGAUGAUGAUGUGGAGUUGAAUGCUGAAGACAUUGUGCCAAACAAUGAUGAUAAAUCUGAAGAUGAAGCAGAGCUGAUGCCCAGUAAAUGGGGCCUAGUGAUGGACAGGUUGCUGGUUUUAUCCAGAAAGUUUUCCGACACCCUCAUCAAAGUUCAAGUGUUUCUCUGGAGGAUUUUAGAGCUUCACAUCCUGAAGAUGGUGGCCUUUGUCACUGUGUGGGUGGCACUUGAAGAGCCAUCGGUGAUGAACCUGGUUCUGGUGGUGUUGUGGUCCCUGGCAAUGCCCUUCUGUCGCUUCAGACCCAUGGCAUGCUGUCUGUCCACUGUUUGGGUGUGUGUCAUCAUUGUUUGCAAAAUGCUGUACCAGCUCAGUGUUGUCAACCCUGAUGAGUACUCUCAUAACUGCAGCAUGCCUCUAACAAAUAAAACCAGCCUGUUACCAGAGGAAGUGAAGAACUCGACUCUUUAUAAAGAACCAGUGGACCCGGCCAAAUGGUUUGGCAUCAGGAAAGAUGAUACUGCUCUGGGUUAUAGCAAGAACCAUUUAAUAGUUCUUCUAUUGCUGGUUUUUGAGGCAACAGUGAAUCGCCACCAAGCUCACCAUUAUCUUCAGCUCCAGCGAUCUCCCCCGAUUGUACCAGCACUCUUUCCUGCUGCAACACGAGACACUUUAGAUGAAGGCCUCGUUUCAUGCCUCAAAUACCUGCUCAAUUAUACCUUUUACAAGUUUGGGUUGGAGAUCUGCUUCCUGAUGACGUUAAAUGUGAUCGGUCAGAGAAUGAACUUUUUAGUAAUCAUCCAUGGAUGUUGGUUGGUGGCGAUCUUGGUGAGGCGCAGACGAACAGCUAUUGCCAAGAUCUGGCCCAAAUACUGUCUGUUCCUGUCCAUCUUCAUGAUCUACCAAUAUCUCCUAUGUGUAGGCAUUCCUCCGGCUCUCUGCAUAGAAUACCCAUGGAGGUGGAACACUCCUCUACUGAUGAACUCAGCUCUCAUCAAAUGGAUCUAUCUGCCUGACUUCUACACAGUGCCAAACUCCAAAAACCUGAUUGCGGACUUUAUGCUGCUGAUGUGUGCUUCCCAGCAGUGGAAGGUGUUUGAGUAUGAAAAGGUGGAGGAGUGGAUGGUCCUGGCAGGAGAGAAUUCAGAUGAGCCUGAGCCCAUGGAGGGUCGUCUGUUCAACCCUGCACCCAACUUCAUCAACUGCAGGAGUUACCUGGACAUGGCUAAAGUUUUGGUGUUCCGGUACUUCUUCUGGUUUGUGCUAUCAGUGGUCUUCAUCACAGGGGCCACCAGGAUCUCAGUGUUUGGACUGGGCUACUUGCUGGCUUCCUUCUUUUUCCUGUUGUAUGGAACGAAGCUACUAAUUAAACCAUCGAGGACCCGUCUCAUCCUAUGGGACUGCCUCAUCAUCUACAAUUUGGCAGUUAUUAUAUCCAAAAAUGUCUUAUCUAUCCUGGCGUGUGUGUUUGUGUUUGAAAUGCAGAAAGGAUUCUGUUGGGUGAUUCAGCUGUUCAGCUUGGUUUGCACAGUUAAAGGAUAUUAUGACCCUAACUCUGUUAGUGACGACACCUGCAGCCUCCCAGUUGAAGAAGCAGGAAUUAUUUGGGACAGUUUAUGCUUCCUUUGCCUGUUGCUUCAGAGGAGAGUCUUCCUCAGUUUCUACUUUCUGCAUGUGACAGAAGAGCUACAGGCCUUUACCAAACAAGCAUCAAGAGGGUUUGAGCUUUUCAGAGCCAGCAUAAUGAAGAACAUUAAGUGCCACCAGCAGACUGAGAGGAAAUCACUGACACUUCUUAAAAAAUCAAUGCAGAGAAUUCGCUCAAAGCAGCAGAAGUACAAAGAGGGCCAGAAAUCUGGUGGACAUUCACUUACGAUCCAGGAUCCUGAAACUCAAACAGAUAAGAAGUCCAGGAAGAAGAACUGGUCACAGCCUUGGAGUGACCAUGCCACAGUUAUCCACUCAGGAGAAUACUACCUGUUUGAGUCUGACAGUGAGGAUGAAGAGGAUCUGGUUCCUGAAGAGAAGAAGCUUAAGGAUCAGUCUGCAUGUCAGUUGGCAUACCAGGCGUGGGUAAGCAACGUAAAAACUGCUCUGAGAGAACGUCAGAGACGCCAGAAACACAUGAAGAGAACAAAAAGAAAAGAAACAAAGAGGGAAGAAGGACUCUCUUCCCACCAGGAAUCUUGUUCUCUGAAAGGUGGUGAGGAUGAGGUAUUCGAAGAGGAAGAGGAAGAGCAGGAAUCUGUUCAUGGCGAGAUGGUUCAGAAGAUCUUGGACAUUCUUCAAUUUUUGUGGGUCAUCGUCUUGGCCAUGGUAGACGGACUCACUCAAUGGCUCAACCUGCUCACUAAGCAAUACAGCGAUGCGUCUUCAGUUCUGUGUGAAGAACGCUACUCCAUCUUGCACAAAAUAAAGCAGCAUCAUGCACCAGCAGAGUCCAGAGAGGAUCAGGUGUCACAGACAAGUGGAAGUGCCACUUUUGAUGCAUGUUUGGAUGAAGCUGAAGAUUCUACCAGAAAUAGACUAACCAUCAGCCAAAGUGUAAUGACUGAAGAACCCCAGAACAACAACACCGUACUUCAGCCAGAAGUGGCCAGAUGUCACAGAUACUCCAGAACAGCCAGUGAGAUUCUGUCUGACAGGCAGUUUUGUAUUGAGGAACUGGAGCAAAGUAGAGAGUUCUUUAGGAACCAGAACCGUCUGCUAAAGCUGCUGCUGUCCAUGUACACCCUGCUGUCGGCCCAUUCAGAGCUCCUUUGUUACAUCAUAGUGUUAAACAAUGUGGUCAGUGCCUCUGUCAUAUCACUUAUCCUACCAAUGCUGGUGUUCCUCUGGGCUAUGUUGUCUGUUCCAAGACCAACCAAGAGGUUCUGGAUGACUGCUAUAGUCUACACAGAGGUGAUGGUGGUUCUGAAGUACAUUUUCCAGUUUGGUUUUUUUCCUUGGAACAGUGUUUAUGAGACCACUCUAAAUAAAGAGAAGCCUUUCUUCCCACCUCGCAUCUUUGGACUGGAAAAAGCUGACAACUACCUCAAAUAUGAUCUUCUUCAGCUGUUGGCCCUGUUCUUUCACAGAUCUCUUCUCAUGCAAUAUGGUCUGUGGGACCAUAAAGAUCAAAACUCAUCAAAUGAACAAGGAGACAGCACUAUAGUAGGAGAGGAAAGUAGCAGGAACACGGGAAAAUACGGCGUAAGAGCUAUGGCCAGCAGCAAAACUCAGGACAACAUUGAUCAGAACCGGAUUGUGAAGGGUUCUGUGGACCAUUUUGAACCAAGAACAAGCUCAACUGCUCUAUCUAAUGAACCAUUUGAGCCCGAUCCAGCAACUACUGGAUCACAAGACCAACAGCAAAUUCUUUCUGGGGAAACGACUGGAGAUUUUGUGACUGAGGAACAGAGAGACCGUGCACCACUGAUAAAGGGAGGCUCAGAAACACACAGCAGCAUCAGAAUACGCAAAAAAACUAAAGAAACAAAAGAUCAGCAUACCAAAGAGCCAGAAGCUGAAACAGCUGAUCCCAGUCCGGAACCAGUGAAAAAGAAACAUAAAGUUGGUAAAUCAGAGGCCAGCCUCAGGAUUCUGGCUUUGGUACACAAGCUAAAUCACAUCGUCAUGUCAGGCUUUGGGAGCAUAAAGAGCCUGGCUCAGGGCUUCUUCAGUAACAUCACUCAAGCUGAGUAUCAGGCCUCCACAGAUGUAUAUGCACUCAUGUUCCUGACAGAUGUCAUUGACUUUGUCAUCAUCAUCUUUGGCUUCUGGGCUUUUGGGAAACACAGCGCAGCGGCGGAUAUAGCCUCCACCCUGUCAGAGGACCAGGUACCAGAGGCCUUCCUGGUGAUGCUGCUGAUUCAGUUCAGUACUAUGAUCAUAGACAGAGCCCUGUACCUGCGUAAGGCUGUCUUGGGAAAACUCAUUUUUCAGGUGAUCUUGGUUCUGGGGAUUCACCUGUGGAUGUUCUUCAUCCUGCCUGCUGUCACUGAAAGGAUGUUCAAUCAGAACUUUGUGGCCCAGCUGUGGUACUUUGUAAAGUGUAUUUAUUUUGGUCUGUCAGCAUAUCAGAUCCGCUGUGGUUAUCCAACUCGUAUCCUUGGUAACUUCCUCACUAAGAAGUACAAUCAUCUCAACCUGUUUCUCUUCCAAGGGUUCCGUUUGGUGCCAUUUCUGGUGGAGCUCCGAGCGGUCAUGGAUUGGGUCUGGACCGAUACUACCUUAUCUCUGUCAGACUGGAUGUGUGUGGAGGACAUCUAUGCUAACAUCUUCAUCAUAAAAUGCAGUCGUGAGACAGAGAAGAACUACCCCCAACCCAAAGGGCAGAAGAAAAAGAAGAUAGUGAAAUACGGAAUGGGCGGGCUUAUCAUUUUCUUCCUUAUCUGCAUCAUCUGGUUUCCUCUUCUAUUCAUUUCACUGGUCAGAUCAGUGGUGGGUGUGGUCAACCAUCCUAUUGAUGUCACUGUCACGGUCAAACUGGGAGGCUAUGAGCCCCUUUUCACCAUGAGUGUGCAGCAGCAGUCCAUCAAACCCUUUACAGAUGCUGAGUUUGAUCAACUCACCAAAACCUUUGGAGACAACGCUGUGGCCAUGCAGUUCAUCACUCUCUACAAUUGUGAAGACAUUGUCACAGCCAUGAUUGAAGGUAGCUCAGGAUCAGUUUGGAGGAUCAGCCCACCUAGUAGACAGGAACUCAUUAAAGAACUACUUGAAAGUCCUGCUGACCUCACUCUCCGACUUGCCUGGAAUUUCCAGAGGGACCUGGGUAAAGGUGGAACAGUUGAACACACUUUUGGGAAACAUUCUAUAAACCUGGAACCUGGAAACCCCGUUAGAGCCAACCUCGCCUCGUUACUGAUUGGCAAUCUCACAGAGCCUGUACUUGUUCCUGGUAUUUUUCCUAAUUAUAUCCGUGCCCCAAAUGGAGCUGAAGCUAAACCAGUCAGUCAGCUAUAUAAAGAUUAUGAAGAUGAUUACCUGGAUAUAACCCUGUCCCUGAUGAACGACAGCUCCUCCUGCAGCUCUGGGAGCCAAGAGUGGUGGAACAUUGCCAUUGCAGGCUGUGAUCCCUCAGCAUGUGAUGUUCUGCCUAUGGUCAUCUUCAAUGAUAAAGUUAGUCCACCUAGCCUGGGAUUCCUGGCUGGUUACGGGAUCAUGGGCCUGUACGUGUCUGUUGUCCUGGUCAUUGGGAAGUUUGUGCGUGGUUUCUUCAGUGAGAUUUCCCACUCCAUCAUGUUUGAGGAGCUUCCCUGUGUGGACCGCAUCCUGAAGCUCUGCAUGGAUAUCUUCUUGGUGCGUGAAACUGGAGAGCUGGAGUUGGAGGAGGAGCUUUACUCCAAACUCAUUUUCCUCUACCGUUCCCCAGAGACAAUGAUCAAAUGGACUCGGGACAUCCAGACUAGAGAGCAUGACUAAUGCAGAUGUUUGUUUGUGAAGAAUGAUUCAAAGAGAGGCUGUAUGGAUACACGAAGCGCGCUCAUCCACAUGCCGCAGAGCCCCUUUAAAGGAGACUUGGCUAUGCCAAUGUGUGAAACAUCACCUGCUGCUAGAGUGAUGCUGUAGUUUUAUAGCAGCUCAGUUUUAAACAAACUUGUACACUCAACUGGAAUGGGAUUGCAUUUCCACUGUGGGUGUGACUGUUUUUUGGGAGAAAUGAAACGAUGGAAGCAAACUCGGCUGUUUCCACUGGCCGGUUAUCAGGAGAUGAAAGGUCACUUUCACCCGGCUCAGAUCUGAAAUAGCAGCAGACUGCAUCUGUUUACUGUUUUCAGCUCCAAGUCUGUUUACAAGUUGAAGCGGCCAUUUUUUUGAGCUGGGAAAAAAAGACACAAGUUGUCAUUAUUUUUUAACAAAGACAUUUUAGGAUUUCAUAUGAAAAGAUGUAUUCUGAGGUCUGUUAGAUGUUCAGUGCAGAAUUUCAACAUGCCUUCACAAAUCAGAUUUUACUGCUCGAGUCGGCACGUUCUCAUUCUUGUGUGGUGUUAGAAUUUUCUCUCCAUGCACGUGUCUCUGGUUUCCUCCCACAGACCAAAGCAUGCAUGUCGGGUGAGUUUGGACAAAGCCUCCAUAAACGAGCCACGUUUCAGUAUAUGUUGAUUACUCUUGAGCAACAGUUUUAGAGGUUUUGUGAAGCAUUUUUGACAUUUACUGCUUUUCAUUUCUUUAGUCCUUCUUUUAUAGCUGACACUUUUCUGAGAAAUAAUGUUUGGUUUGGUAGGCCACUGGAGCAAGUCUCUAGUAAACAAACAAACAACAAACAAACUACCUUUAGAUUGAGAAGGGUCUUUAUUUGAGCAGAAAAGCAACUAAUUCCCAAACAUUUAUUUGGAAAAAUGCCUUCAGAAUGACUGGAGAAAUAAAAAACACAAGAUAGUCUAGUUGAUUAGAAGAGAGAAAGGGCAAUGCAGUUUUAGGCUUACGGUAUUGUAAACGUCAGUAAAAUGUUGCACACUAUUAACAGAACCCAGAGAAAUGGAUCGGGCCAAAUUACAACAGAGGAAGUCUUAUUUUAAUUUGUCCAAGUCUAUGAAGCAGACUGACUCUGGGUUCCCAACCUGAGAUCUGUGACUCCUCAAAGAGGUCUUCACAUGUUUGUCUGUGCUAUGGUUGUGAUGUUACCAGUAUUAUUAUUGUAAAAUUUACCUUUAUAGACCCCAAUACCUCACUCAAAAUUAUAAUCAAAACUCUAUAAGAGGUAUGACUCUGUUUAAAAUGUGUAAUUCAUCACUUUUAACGUGUUUAUGCAGGUAGGAGUUGGGUUUGGGGGUCCUGGCUUGCUGUAGACACAGACGAGAGGGUCCUAAAUGAGAAGUGUUGGGAACCACUGGUCUAAACCUGUUUCGCACCUGAUGCAGAACAGAUGCGGUAUGGUUUCCAUACAGCUUCUGGACAGACUGCCAAUGACUGCAGUUUGUGUGCUGAAAGUCACCAGAUGUCUGCUCACACAAGAGCUCCAAAUGAUUAGAAAUAAUCCAUAAUACAUUUAAAAAUAUACCUGUCAAAAUAAUGUGAACUGUCAUACACUGAGCUGAUACCCACAUCCUUAUUAAUAAAACCAAAGUGGUAAAUAUAAUGCAACACAGAAUUAAAAAAAAUACAACCUAUUCACCUUGCUGAAACUCACUUCCUGGUUUGGCUCAGGAAAAGUUCUUUAACUUCAUCUGCAUGUGAUGCAUCUGUACUUGUGCUUCAUCAUAGCCGGUGUUAAUGCUCUAAUUGGUCUCCUGGUUUUUGGUCUAAAUUAAAACUGUACACACACACACACACACAGAAAUAUGUAAAGCUGGGUAUACACUGUGUGACUUUUUCCACAUAGCUCCAUCCCUAACUAUGACUUCCUUGCAGAGCAAAGCUCACCAAUUGUGUUCUCACAACGUACAACCCAGUGCUCGGAUGUGGCCUGAUCUGACUGCUCAAACUAUACGUCUCUUGAUUGCUGAUCGGGAGCGGGUCGUUUGGUGUUAAUCACCUCUCUUAAACCCCUGUACACUACAUGACACACAAUGUAAAACUGACCACAACCUCACACAUGAGAAAAAUAAUGAGCUCAAAAUGGCAAAAAAUUCUCUGAGCGUACAUCCGGCUUAAAAGAAGGACUAAGUUGCUUUUAUGACAGCUGAACUUUUCCUUCCAACAUUGUCCCAACCUGUGGAUCUGAUUUGUACAAAGACUGUGAGAGUUUCUACACGUGUUUGGGUUUGGUAGACGCUGGCACCAUUCGCUGCUACUGCAGUAAUACUUAUAGGUUUUAAGCAUUAAAAAUGCUUUGACUUCAAAUGA